AGGGGAUACAAGCUGGGCGGGGGCGGGAAGGACUAGAGCAACUUCAGAAGAGACUAGCCGCAACGCGAGUCGCCAAAGGUGAAGAAAUACAAAUAUUGGGAAAACCGAUGCCAGUGAAUAGCCCGAUUGGAUGUGAUGCCUGGUCAGUUGGGGUGGCGUUGUAUUGUUGGGCAGCAUCUGUCUGGUCGAGGAGUGACUUCGCAGCCAGGUAUUGUCGUUUCGGUGACAAAUAUGGCACCGCGUGAGAUUUUCUUAGAGGUUGUUUGUUUCAUCUUUUAUUCAUAAGGACAUCUAUGUAAGGAAAAGGAUGAUUACAGUCAGCCUCUGCCUGAUCGCGAGUCAAUAACGUAGGACCGAACAACAUUUUUGCUCAUAGUUCAUUAUUAAAGGACAUAGAGAUAGACGGAAGCUGCGACUUUUAUUCGCUUUAUGUUACUACGUACAGUGACUCAGACAGUAUAUAUAAUGAUGAUCACUAGUGUAACUUUUCUGAGCAACAACCUAGUUUGCCGUCUUCUGUCACUGAGCAGGAGCACCUCUAAGAACGCACACCGGAUGACAGGCUUAACAGUUGGACGUGGGGAUCCCAUCCUUCUCCUUUGGUUUAUAAUUCUGCCCCUCCGGCGAAGGUCACAGGGAAAGCAGCGAGCCGGAUCUUCAAGAACGGGUUCCAGAAGUGGUACGUGUAUCGGAGGUUGUUCCGAAAAUUUGAGGGGAUAGCGUUUUCGGUCUGGAAAGAGAAAGGUUUUACGCGGAAUUUUCCGCCUCCUUUUGAUACGUACACUAGUGGUGACCUGUGGACUGAAUGCGAAUGUCGAAAAAAAAAAACAGAAACAGCAGAAACACACAACGAAAGAAAAAAACAACGCACUUUCUACUGCUUCAUGUGGGCAUUGCUGAGGUACGCUUUGAACCACGCUCCUGCGCAACGAGAUUUGGAGAAGCUGAAAAACGCUUUGGAAGCUCUACAAACCGGUGAACCGAAUCUAGGAGUACUAGUAGAAGCAGCUCCAAGCGGAAAAAGUGCAAGCAGCUUCGCUCAGACCAACUCGCGUCCGUCUUCGGAGGACAUCACAACAACAACUACGGAAGCUGAACCCAAUGGCGAACUACAACAGCUCAUACACGCUUCUACAGAUCAAAGUCAAACCUUCAACAGCAAUGCUGAUGCUGUCAUCCGAGACGAAGAGGCUUCAUCUUCUACCCUUGUUUCAGAAGAACCAGAGGGUCCAUCUUCUGCUUCUGCUAGAGCACACUACAAGGUAGUUCAUCCGCACGUACAGAAAGGGAAGUACUACAAAAAGAUGAACAAGAAAAACAAGGCUGGUGAGGACUUCAAUGCGUUUUUGGAGUUGCAGGGCUUCGUGAGAAACAACUUUGAUGAAAAGGAUGCCGAGAAAGAUGAGCCUCUAAUUGAUGUGCCUGUUAUUACGGGUCCGUGUAGCACUUUUACUAAAACUGCUGUAGUGUCCAGCAUGCUGUAUUCGUCACUUAGUUCUCCUCGAACACCAGAGAUGAAGUCUCGCUGUGUGUCAUAUCAUAAGAACAGCACUCACUUUCACUACAAAAUCCUCUGCCACUGUCAUUAGGUUUCCUCGGGUAGGUCAGAGACCUGCUGAGUCACAUCAUAGUCAGCUCUUCUAAUGCAACCAAGCAGGAAGAGGAUCGCGAUCGCGACCAGCCGUCUGCUUCGGUGCAGGGCCCGGAAACAAGUGGUGGCCUUGGUUCCGGUAUCCUCGAGCUGUGAGGUCUCACUCGGCGCAUCAUGGUGGUAUUGACAUACUUUUGAUUUUCGUUAUAGUUGUUCGAGUUCGACGCUGACUAUCGUUCAAUGAGUUUGAGACUCAUAAAUCUUUGUCUCCAAAGGAACUGCGUCUUCUCUCAGCAUUAUUGUAACAUCUGACCUCAUCUCUUAUCAGGAUGCGCGCAUGAACGAAGUAUGGGAACAAGGAGGAGUAAAAUCAUGAAGGUGGUGAGGUUUAUAUAUAAGUAGUAAGUUUGUUUGUGUACUAAAAAGAAGUUGAAUUUGGGAUGAAGAAAGGAAUAAAAGACUGGGACGAGGAGGAAAAAAGAUGUAUGUCGUGUAUCGCAUGAUAUAAAUAGAUGAUCAUGAUAUUUUCGAGAUAUUACGAAAGUGAAAGUGAUAUGAAAAUCGAUGAAGUGAUCUUCUACAUGAUGAAUGACGAUACAAAAACGCAGCUUAGUAAGUAACAAGAAAAAUAAUUAGAGUAGUUUACAGAACGGAUGUAGGAUGGACUUGGAUGGAUCGGAUGGAUCGGAUGGACCCCCCUGAUUCUUCCGAUCCUACUUGAAAUGGUGGAAAGUCCAUCCGUUCCAUCCGAUCCAUCCGAUCCAUCCCAUCCCGGAUCUGGCACCCCUAUAAACUGCUCUAAAAUAUAUUGCUUGAUGAGUGGGGCCGUGUCAUGAUAUUAUAAAGGAUCAGGAUGAAGAUGAACAUAAUAACGGCAUAGACUUGGUUUAUAGUGACAACGCAUAAAAAAGCUGAGGCCGCUGCCUAUUAAAUAAUGUCGGAGAAAGUGCCGGGACCGAUGGCAGGGGGAACUGCUGCCCCCCUCUUCUUCUGUUAAUGUCCGAGAAAACUGCCCGGGGCCGCUGUCCUCCUCUCCUUUUAUUAAUGUCGGAGAAGAGCCGAGACCGAUGGGCGGGGCGUCGGUUGUCUUGCUUCCUCUCCUCUUAUUGAUGCCUGAGAGAAGCCGAGGCCGGACGAUGGGCAGGGCGGUGGCCGUCUUCCUCUUCUUCUAUUAAUGUCCGAGAGAAUUGGCCGGGGCUGCUGUCCUCCUCUCCUUCUAUUAACGUCCGAGAAAACUGUCCGGGGCCGCUGUCCUCCUCUCCUUUUAUUAGUUAUGCAGAAGAUCUAGCUGGAUCAGCGAGCUCAGUCCAAAUAUUUAGCGAGCAGAUCUGAGUAGAGGUUCUGCCCAUGAAGAUCAGCGCGAGUUCCUGACAAUUCGACCGAAUCCAACUCAUCGAGUGCCGUUCUUAGUCCCGUGCGACAAGCUCCUGCUCCCGCUCUAGAUCAACCUCCACACGGUUCUGAGCAUCGCAGUAAUAGGGGCCGUUUUGGCUCAAGUCAUCGUAACCGUUUGCAGGCGCCCUUGAGGCUACAGUAAGGCUUUUACUUUCUUCUUUCCGUCUCCGUUUCUCCUUUUUCUCCGCAUUACCUAUUGCCGCUAGGGCUUUAGGCUUUUCGUAAGCUCCCUUCUCUACUCGCGCAGCUUGUACUGUAUCAUCGCUAGGGUUUUGCGUCUUCUCGUGGAGGCGUCCUCAUCCCAUCCACCAUAGUGAAUUUGCUCAAGAUGCCGAACAGCAUGAUUCUCGCUAUAUCUCCGGGGGCUCCUUGAAAGAAGCUACGCGUGCUUUCUGCGCGCACAGCGGUGGCGACCUCGAGGCCCACACGGCCUUUAUGGAGUGGCUGGCUGCAAUUGAUGACAAACCGGUAACGCAGAGCUCGCUGGAUUUUCUCACAAAGAUUGGUGAGCGCCUGAUCGCUCAGGAAUUUCACGGCGCAGAUGACCUCAUGGGCGCGCCGAUGCCUGAUGCACUCCCAGCGCCUUCGUUCAAGGCAGGGCGCCGCGCCUUCGCGGAAAGGGCGAAGAUUCUCGCGGAGCGUCAGGCAGGGUUCUCUUGCAGUGGUGGACUCAUCGGAAGGCACGCAGCAGGUAAGCUGGACGAGGAGGCGGCCCAGAGCCCUUCCUUUGACUUUGAGACCCGUCUCGCCGAGCGCGGAGCAGUCACCCUUCCCGAUUUCCGCGCCAGUAGUGUCUCCGUGGCGAAAAUGGAGAAGGAACACAUCAAAGCGAAGACUCCCAUGCUGCCGGUCUUCUCGCCGGAUGACAAGCGAUGGACCCCGGUUCACAGCAGUGAUGGCAUGGGGGGGACUUGGUCCUUCUUCCUACUGUCGUACGUCGGUCAGUUGGAUGUCGGCUGUAGUCGCACUUGGGACUGUCGAUCUGGGUGCUGCCAUCUCAUACACCACGCAGCUCAGCGCUGUCGCUAUGCAGAACUCCGCCUUGGCUGCUCGCUCCCUGAGCUCUCUGCUGAUGCACAAGUUCGAGCGCGAAGUGGGUGAGCGCGUUUCUGCGAGUGCGCUUCUCUCGCAGCGCUUCUCCGAGCGUGGCAUCAGCAUGGCCGUGCGGGAAGCAGCCGCCGAUGCAAAACGAAAGCGGGAAGCCGCAGAGAAGAAGGAUGCCAUCGCUCGCGCACGCAGGGACCGCGAUGAGCAAGAGCGCAGUCGCCGUGCGCGUGACCGUUGGGUUGACAGUGUAUUCUUGGAGACUAGCGUGCCGCGGGAGCGCCUGCGUUCUCGUGGAGAUGACAGAGACCGCAACUACCCGCGCUACGGAGCUGGAUCAGAUCGCCGUCGCCCUAACGGUGGCGGUCACUCCUCGAAGCAGGACAGGACUGCGGAGCAAAUCGCCGAAACCUUGAGGAAAUCUGAUGCCACGCAGUGACUCCUCCGCCUCUUGGAGGAGUGUGGGUCGCCGCUCUACGCGACGACCUUGGUCUGCUACCUAAUUAACGACCGGGCGGUCGCUAACUGCGCCGCCAAGGUCGCAACGUGCGAGCGUAUCAAGGACCGGUCUGCCAGUGCGUGGGCUGCUAUUGUGCGUUCGGAAGUGCGCCAAAAUAUUCAACAUGUAUCCCUGCCUGCAAGUCAAGUACUUUGGGAGCAGCUUCGUCGCGAUUUCGUCUGUUUUAAUCGCUUCGACUUCGUCCGCUCUGGCUUCCUUGAGGGCUUUCCUCAAGUUGGGUCGCCCGACGUGCUCGCCGCUUGUCGGCGUGUGCGCAACCGCGAACUCAUCUCUCGCAGCAACCUGGAAACCUUCACGCCGGAGAUGCAAACUACACUGAGUGGCAAACUAAUUGACGCAAUUGCUCAGGGCUUCCUCGUGGAGCUUCUUGGCACCCCCGAGGAUUAUUCUGAUGCUAUUCCUUUCACGAGACGCCACCUGACGCACUCAAGCGGCAAGUGGCGACUGGUGGACGACUUUACGGAGUCGCUCGUAAACUAUAACUUCAGCAUUGAACCGAUUGAGCACGGCACGGCGGAGCAGCUCGCUAUGUCCAUUGCUGUGGCUGUUAUGUUCGGGGUCGACCUUGCCAGCAUCCGCCUAACCAAGGACGACACUAGCGCGGCCUUCAACAGGCUCGCUCCCUAAUCGCCCCUCGGAGAUGCAUCUUCUCGGACUGACGUGCGCUGGUCGUGCCUUCAUCCCGCUGGUCUGCCCCUUCGGCGCCAGGGCAUCCGUCGACAAUUUCGAGGCUGCAGGCGGCCUCCACAAUUUCUGGCUUAGCGGCGUUUUCGGUGUUCCACGCAAGCGCUAUGUCGAUGACAGAUUUGGGAUCUCAUUCUCAGUCGUCGGGAAAAACUUAGGCGCCCUGGAGCUGCGUAUCUCCCACCUUGUUGGUCUUCCGAGUGAUCCGAAGAAACACGCUGACGACGCCACCUCCCUUGUGGUGUUGGGUGUCUCCAUCGAGCUGUCGAGUGGCGCUAUUAUCCUCCGCAUUCCUGAAAAGAAGCGGAUGAAGUACGCAGAGGAGAUCUCAGAGUGCCUCCGCAGUGGCGUUCUUUCAUCGAAGCAAGCGGAGCGUCUUCGCAGUAAACUUUUCUGGGCUGGGUCGGUCUUGUUCUUUCGUGCUGGCAAAGCCAUGCUGUAUCUCCUCGCGAAUCGCUCUCGCUCACCGAAGAAGGAACUCACUCCUAAUCUUGAGGCUUGCCUCCUGUGGUGGAAGCAUCUGGUCUGCUCGUCUCGGCGGGCUCUCUGCUCGAGCGCAAGACUCGUCUCGACGUAUUCGCAUGCUCCGACUUGCUUUCGUCGUCUUCGGUCGUGAUAGCUAGUGGCGCCUGGUUCGCCCCCGGUCAGCCACUGGUUAUCGCAGGCGUCUGCAGAGGGACCUUCUUUCGUGGCGAAGUUUCUGCCCCGGAGCAGUUCUUUCUUGACUGGGGCGCUCGGACUAGGAAGAACAAAAUCAUCCUGGGCGAGCUCCUUGCUGCAGUGGUCGCAGUUGUCACUUUCUGCGAUGCCCACUCGCGCUGCGACCUUCUCGUGGACAAUCAGAGCAGCAUCGGCAUGCUCAGGAAAGGCUAUAGUCUUGUCCCCGACCUCUCCGCGAUGAUUGGCAACUUCUAACUUUUCUGUCUAGCGAGGCGCAUCCAAGUGGAGGAUAUCACUUACGUUCCAUCGGCAUGGAAUCUGGUCGACGUUCCGACAAGGUCCGCUAGCGGUCUCAUAGCACAAGGCUACCAGCCUGUGAGCUCCAGGCUUCCACGCUGUAGCUUCUUGAAAGUCAAAGAAUUUAUCUCCGAUUUCAGUCAGUUCGUCUGAUCUGCGGAGCGGUGGCUUGUGUGCAGCACACAGGCGCACUUGCGUCGCCCCCCUGGGGAUAAGCUAACUAAUCUGGUCGCAGUUUGUUACUUUCGUUUGGCCUUUGUCUGUAUAAGUAACCGCUUCGGACUCUGUGAAAGAGACGAAUACUCGAGAGAUGUUUCUGCUUUGUGAAGGAAGCAAAGCGAGUAAAUGUUCAGACUCCUUGGCUUAGUUCAAGUAGGCCUGGAUAAGAAUUAAGUAGUAGCAAGGACUGCUGGGUAGUGAUACCUCCGAGGGAGGGAAGCGCCGUGAACAGUAGGAAAUGAACAACGUGAAACACUAGAUCAAUCGUUCUGUGGUUUAGACGAGCAAUCUAGGGGAAGCCAUUCAAGAAGGAAAGGCUCAUGGAAAGUUUGGCCAAAUGAGCUGCCUACGAUAGACUUGAUCAGGUCCUGAAUCUCGAGGGGAAGCCCUGGAGUAGUAAGGAUAGGAUGAUCUAGGCCAGGUGACUAAAAGGUUGCGAGACCUUGGUAAACCCUUUGGCGGUUGUAAGAUAUGAAAGAAGAAUAGAACUGUUGGUAUCUGCGAGGAUACCAGGCGGACUUCCUGGAGACGGGAAGGGGCUAGGAUUCACUCGGUAUUUGGGCACCUUCGCUGUAAUGGUGAUAGGAAGAUAAGUACCACCGGUCGGAGCUCUUAAAAGGAUGGCUCCGACGCCUCACUGCGUAGGGGGGGCAGUGUAGGACCUGGCCCGGGUGUAAACAGGGCGGCCCUUCGUGAAGAAGUUCGCCAAAUAACUCCAAGGAACAAACGUUGAAUGACUCAAUACCCUAGACGGCUGCUGCCGAGAUCGACCCGGUAGGGCGGCUGUCAUUAUUAGGACUAGAGGACUUGGAGGAUCAACAAGAGAUUCCGACUGCAAGGCGGCGCUGUGUACAACGCUUAGGUGUUGCCUCAGCUACCAAGCUGUAGUGAGGGCCUCAUAGGGGGGCUGAUUGCGGAUCAGUCUCGUUCCCCAUUUUGUAAUUAGGAAAGACGCUUGAAGGUGAAAACCAGCAUUGUGCUUAAACCUAACCAACACAUAACUGGGGGCUGUUCCGGGGUUGCGAGACCCGUAGGAAAAUUUUGUUGAAGAACAGUUCCAAGUGCGAUUCUAGACGUACGGGGAUGACAGUUGGCAAGAAAACAACAGUUGAAGAAUGACCGUGUUCGACAGGUAUAAAAAGAAUGUGAGUUGGGAACUCACAGAGUUGUGAUGUAAUUCUAAUGCCGGAAAGUAUGCAAGAUUGACGUCGGAAGUGAGUUCCAUUCUGACCAGGGUUUUUUUCUUGAGCAUGGAAUCUCUCUUUCACAAAUAAAUGCUCGAUGUGGUUGACGGAAAGGAUCAAACAAAAUCUAAAAUCUGAAUGGUGCGUCGAGAACCUUGAGGAAAACCCAAGACUGGGAGUGAAGAAGCGCGGGAGUGUUUUGUUUCCCAAGGCUGUACCAUGAACAGUUGGAUGAGCAGAGCGAAUGAUAACUGCAGUUUCUGUGAAUAUCAGAAAAUUUAGAAAAUUUAGAAAACAAGCAUCCUAAGAUUAUUCACCUCCGUUUCCAAAUGCAGGGAUAGGAGAUUGUAUCUUCUAAAAGUUCAUCACGGACACCCGAGCGGUAGAAGUGAUAAAUCUUUCAGUCUAGAUUUGGGUUCACCACGAACUUACAUCUAAUUUUGUAAGAAAAAACGACUAAAGAUGGGAGGUUGGAAUUAUCCAGUCCGUAAGUAUGACGAGAAACGAGGCGGAAAAAAGGGCUGGCAUGACAAUAACAGUUCCUCUUCCUACGACAAAGGAUAUCAGGGAGGAUAUGGAGGUGGAAAAGGUGGCUAUGGUGGUGGCAAAGGUGGCUAUGGUGGUGGCAAGUCCUACCAAAACCAGAACCACCACUCCUAUGACAAGGAUCAAGGUCGCGACUACGACUACAACUACGGCAAGAACAAAAGCUACUCCAACAACCAGCCCCAGGGCUGGAAGGAUUGGAACGCCGGGGAGAAAUCUUGGGACAAGGAGGAGUCCUGGAACAACUCGGAUGAGUCGGUAGGAAAAGGUCCGAACAAUACAACAUCUACGAAGAAGGAACGAAAAAAGGAGAAAAAGAUGGCCAAGAAAGCUGAGAAGGCUGAGAAAGAGGAGGAGGAGAGGAUGCAGACUGAGUCUUCCUCGUGGAAAGGUGGUGCAUCUUCAUCUUCAAUCGACCAAGGUUCGGUUGAACCGCUGGUAGAGACCAACAUGAAAACAGCCUCUUCUUCAACCAGCGAAAGCAAGGGAGAUGUUGUCAUGGGAGGACAAGAACGUGAGAAAGAACUGUAUGUGCGAGAUGAGAUGCAGACUGAUCUUGCUGGAUUCUUGGUUCCCCUGCCGUUGCAGGUGCAUAUUGUCCCGGUUGAUGACAACUCUUUAAAGUUGUUACGCGGUGAUGCCCACUUCGCUGUUGGUCUGGACAAUCAAUACAACAUGAAGACCUGGGUGAAGACGGCGGCUUCUACCUUGUAGGAGUUGUUUUUGAAGAACACGCUCCUACUGUACAAAGAUUCGACUCACCCAGAUCCUACCGCGUUCAAGCUCCGGGAAGUUCCGUUUGACGGAAUUUUUGUGGUGGAAACCAACAACGGGGUAGAAAUUUAGAAAUUUAGAAAUUCAGAAAUGAGAAGUGGUGACGUGACACAAAGAUAAAGAACAUUCUCGUGAUAAGAAAACAAGAUACCAAGGCCAAGUAAAGGAAGAAAGGUUGAAAAUUAUGAACUAAACUUCUGGAUUCUUGAGCAGGUAAUCAGUAUGAACCUUCCACUUACAGGAGCCGUUGAACGAUACCAUCAAGGCGUUUUUGAUGUCGAUUGAAGCAUCAUUCGUUCAACCACCGAAUUUUUUGCCGAAAGCGCAUCUAGUGGUGAAAGCGCCGGAAGCUCUGAUCAAUGUCAUUCGACGUCGGUCCAAUGUGGAUUUAGUCGAUUUGGCAAUCAGUUGCCAGAAUCACCAAGAAUGCAACCUUUUGACGGCGAUCGCUGCAUCGGAAGUUGCUCGACGAUUUCCAGGCACAGUCUGUUUUUCGGCGAUUUGGGAUAUGGUCAAUUCGACUGAAGAGCUCAAGUACGGACAUGAAGGGCUUAGUCUUUCAGCCUGCAAGGUGCUCCAAGACCGUAUUCUGGAGCAGCGCAAAGCGCAAUGCUGUGCGAAAGUCGAGGCUUUGUGCCAGAUGCAGAAUGCACCGAUCUGGGCACAGCAACUGCAGGCUCAGUUGCAUCCAAAGGCUAGUUCCCCGAUUGAUUCGGUUGGUGGUAACGCCAACGUCACGGUGGACGAGCUACACGAGAAGAGUCGAGUGAGUGAAGACGCUCGCCGCCGCUCUUCUCAGUCGAAAAACAUCACAGCUUCUGGUACAGAAUACUUUGAAAUAUAUACACCUCGUCGACCAGACGAAUCCCCUAGAGCGAGUGACUAUGUCUCUCUAGGGUCUCCAGACGACGACAUGAGGAACGAAGUGUCUGUCGAAACUACUGAAUUAGACCAAUUCGACGUGGGAACUAAUCUGAUGAGAACCUCACUAGUAAAAAAUGAACUGAUACUAGUACAGAAUGAAAUGAAACCAUCAUCAACAGUUGCGCCACCGGCUGCUUCUGCGAGCUCGUCCAAGGGAGCGGCUACAACGGCUCCAGUCGAGCCGGCCGAAAGUUCUGCGGCGACAAGUUCCGAUGAAGAGGCCUUGGUUCAAGUUGAGGAUGUUCUGUCCGCGUCAGCUCCACCAACUUGUGAUCCAAGCAUCGCUAGCUUGCUGAGACAGCGACUUAGCCGCUAGAGGAGGAAUGAACUCCUCAACUUAGGGGUGGAAGUAAGGGGUUGUAGGAACUCUGGAACAUGAUGGAGUUAUAAAAAACUCUAAAACAUGGAGCUAGGCUAUUUUACCCCCUGCUUCUAAAAGGAACCUCUACCCAUGAUUUCCCCGUGUCAUUCGUAGAGAUAAAAUCUAAAAAAAAAUAAUAAUAAAAAGUAGACAACGAGAAGCUUCUGCCUUGAACUGAGGCAGCAGUCUUAGUGCUCAGAGAGAGCAAGACGGUGGAAUGUAUCCAAAGAGAAACGAUGUUGUUCAGACAAGUACCAGUAAGACUGAGAUGUGAUGGGACGUGAAAGAAAACGAACGAUCAGAGUGAUUCGGUGUUAUAGUUGGCCGGGCGCACUGCAAUGCGCGAGGCUGUGUGUGACGUUUGAAGGCGGAGGAGGGGCCUUCAGAACUUGGGGGGGAAACCCCUCAGGUGCUGGAAAUGUAGAAAAGAAGAAAAGAAAGAUAAGCUCCACGCAGUGGAAGGAUCAAGAAAGAGAGACUGCUCCGUGUUUUUUGUGUUUGAUUAGAAAAUUUUUUUUGUUGGAUGGAAGUAGUGAAUAGUGCACCGAAGGUUGGGCGAAAUCUGCCAAGAACAUGUUGCUGCAGUAGUGUAGUUGAAAUUGACAGCUGUGCUUCUUUAUCUUGUAAUUGUUUGAAAAGAUGUAGAACUAGACUCAAUGAUGUUGGCAGAGAUAAGCAUUGACAUUUAUUUGGCGAUUGCCUUUUGUCUUUUCCCAAAAAACCACCACCACUUUAGCAGGGUUUGAGAGAGAGUUUGGAGCGAAAAAACUUACAGGAUGACCACAAUCACUCGUUCGCCCGUCACUUGUGGCGGUAUGUCGAGCGCUGUCGUGACCUCUGGGGUCGUCACAGCAAUCCUCGGGUUUAUCUCGAUGGCUCGACCGGAUCCGGUGUAUUACCGUUACGGUAAGCCGCCGGGCAACCCUCCGGGGGCGCCUGGUGACGGAGGCGGCAACAAUUAUGAACAUUAUGAGGAAUAUGAAGAAGGUGCUUAUUGGCUGUUGACAAAGGUCCAAUGGCAGCGACUGUAUGAUCAAAUCGCCAACUUGGUUGCGCAUUUGAGCAUGCUGAUCGGACUUGGUAUUUUGCUAUUUGAAAUGUACCAAGCGAAAUCCCGACAGCAGGAAACUGGGGAAACAAUGGAUGAACCAGAAGGAGAUGUGCCACCCGCUUACAAGUUGCCGUCGAUCUUUGAUGGACAAGGUCAUGGACUAGGACUUGGUCAACCUUGGACGGGGAGCACGUUCAUUGAAACCGUGCCGAAUCAAGGUACGACUACCCUGGAGAAAGAGGUACAGAAGAAACUGAAUUUGACAGGAUUUAGAACUCGUAGGGUUUGUCCAAUUUUGGACACUGUGACGAAGUCCACUGGAUUAGGAAUUUGUUUGGAUAGGACUGUAAAGAUGCCUGAAAAUGAGAGCGUAUUCCAAAGAUAUGUUUGUGCACAGGAAAUGCAAGGACAUUUAGAAAUGUUGGAUUUCACAAAGUUGAAGAUGGUGGUAGUAAGACCGAUUGAUGAGAAUUCCUUUGAAAUGGGGUUGUUUUUGGUGGAUAAUUCGAGAUUCAAUGGGAAUGAUUCCUUCUCCAAAUUGAGUGCUACUCCCUUGAAUCUGGAAACUUACUCUGUCAGAGCGGCGCUUGCGGCCAGGCAAACGUUUGACCGGCUUCGCCUAGAACAUCUUCAAGCCCCUUUGCACGGUUGGCAAGCGGUGAAAAGCGGAGCCAUGAAGGCUAUGGGCGUUGCAAGUAAUGUGGUGGAUGCAGUGGAGGCGGAAGCUAAUCGGUUUUCCAACCUCUCCCGUGACAUGAGUGCAGCGGCCUGCUUGGUCAGCUUUAGAGAGCAGCUUUCGAAGCAGGCAGGUCUCAGGCCAAUUAUUGUGCAAGAAGAACUGGGAAUGCAGAUGUUCAGUCUUGUCUGCAAGGAUGGCACUGGAAUUUCGGUAGGAAUUUUCUGUACCCAGUACGUGAACAAAUUCCGCGAAUUGAUGGCUGAAAGGCUGAUUCAAAAGAGCGGUCAGGUGUUUCAGACGUCUGAUAUUGUGGGAACGUCCCAGGAACUAAGACGGUUCUUGCGGCAUUUUCUGCAACGGAUUCCACAAGAAUACGCGCGUUCGUUUGAAGAGAAUUUGAUUGGCAAAAGAGGAAUUGAGUACACAUCUUUGGACUCUGCGUGUGAGUAUGCGUUGGCGAGAGCUAACGUGAAAGCAACAACAAGUGAAUCAAGAUUUUCAGGGGAUGGCUCGUAUGAGCCGGAGCCUGGUUUCUUCAAUCAGAUGGAUUCAGAUUUCGCCCCUGAGCCGGGUUUAGAAGAAAAUCUGUUGAACAAGAUGGAAUUUUAUCCGCGAGGAGAUCGUUCUGCGAAAUUGGUGAUGUGCCAGCCUUGUGAAGAAUAUCAGGAUGAAACGAAGAAAAAGUGGUAUCUCUGUGGGGAUCCAAACCACAUGAGAGGACUGCACUACGCGUCCCUUGCGGAUGUAGACUGGAAUAAGGAGCCUCAAACUUGUCCACUGCCCGCGUGCAAUAAAAGGAAACACCCAGUGAAUAAGGCAGGACAGAUCUGUUGUCCGAAUUUGCUGGCUCGCGCAGCCGGGAGGCUGUUAAAGAGAGACGAAAAAACAAAAUUAAUCUUUUGCGAUGUUUUGGUGGACGCUAAGGGCGUUCCGCAUCAUCCAUCAUUUCGGAAGCCAGACUUUCAAGCAGGACUGGGAAAAGAACUCCUGGAAUUGAAGCGCGACGGGAAAAACCCGACGUGUAAGUUUGUGCCGGAAAGAGAACGUCGUUUGUUUCAUCCACCCGCCUUUGUGAAAUCUAAUAAACUGAAUUCAAAGAGAUUUGCUCAGAAAGAUUUGAAGUCAAAGAAAACGGGGCCUCCAGUGAAAAAAGUGGCUUUCGCUAAGAGGAGACCCGCCCCGCCCCCGCGGCGGGCCAACCAAAUGAACCUCGAUCCCUCCGUGACGGAAGCGUCGACCGGAGGAGGAGACGAAAUGACAAAAAACGAUUUAGAUUGGGAGAUGUGGGCAAAUGUGCCAUUAACCCCUUCUUUAAAUCGGAUGGAAACGUCCGAGGCCUGCAAAUUGAGUGAGGAUAGAAGUCCGAGCUCUUUCUGUUGGCUGUUUAUCCGAAUUGGAAUUUUGGUUUAUUUGAUAUUAAGAAUGGGAGAAGCCUACGUUUCGGAAUAUUUAGGGUUGACUGCAGACACAGUUCCCCGCAUGGUUUCGAAAGUACGUGAGAGGUUCCUAAGAAAGAACGGAGUAGUAUCCAUGAUGAAUUCUGCCUGGGAAAGCACCGCAAGACGACCGAAAGAAGAACGGCGAGCCCCAAUUUAUAUUGCGGGUUUUCUAGGCAAAGCCCUUCCAAUUCCUCUAUAUUUAGACCCGGGGGCGUGGCUAGGGUGCGAUGUGAUUGACAAGGCAAGUUACGAACGUCUGAGAUUACGGAAGGAUGUAAGUGACUUUGUGUCUCCGCCUAUGCCUUGCCCACCAGUGGAAAUUUCUUUUGGAAGAAAGUCUUUUUCCCAUACAGCGAAUCGGGAGUGCAUUUUGUGCUUGCAGAUUUCCACUCGAAGUGGGAAGGUCCUGGAUUUGAAACGAAAGUUUCUGAUUGUAGAGGGACUGAACACGCCCGGGGCGUUGAUUGCCGGGGAUACAGCAGUGUAUCAGCUUGGGAUUAACUAUGCGCCGCUACGAGAAGGUAGCCGCGAGAUAGAGUUGCUUGGCGAACGGGUGCCAAUUGUGGAGUAUAAUAGUACAACAAAGAAGCCCGUGAUGAACGCCUUUACAAGGUUAGCUCAUGUGGCGGCCUUCGCGUCGGUAUCUGCGACGUUUGUUUGCCCACCGAUUAAUCAUGAUAAUACCACAGCGGUGGUGCAGCCAAGUCUAAAGGCCACGAAAGACGGGAUUUCAUUUUUACCGGUUCUUAUCACGGGAUCGGAAUCGUAAGACACCGAGCACCCGAUUGAGAUUUUUAAUCACAGGAACAAGGAUCGGCAAGUGACAUUGACGAGAGAGCAUUUGAAGAUCCAACCACUGGCCCCACUGCGAGCUUGUAAUCUGAUGAGUCGGAUGACAGCAGAUUCUUCGAAGCCGCUGUCAGGGGGCGAGGGGGGUGAUGAUGCCCUCCUGCAAACGAGUCCGGAAUUUAAAAAAUUCGAAAAAGAAAGUCCGCCCAAACCUCUCGAGAACUGGGAAACUGCAAUAACAGUUGGAGCAUUAUUAACAGACUAUGGAUGCUGGCCUCUGCUGACUCAGCCUUGGCUGGGAAAGGGAGGCGAAGCCCCUGUAGGAGCAAUUCAUGGAAUUACAUAUGACGAAGGUGAGGCGAGUUUAGGAAGUCGAGUAUGUGCUGAUGUUUGGCGAUUACAGGGUCAGUUUGGAGAAGAAACGGAGAAGGUCAGUGAGUGGGAUAAAGAGGUCUACAACUUUUCGGAUACCACCGUCGACGUGAAUAGCGUCCGAUGGGAUUGGUACAAGUGGAAGAAGGAAAACGAGGAAAAAGAAGGACGAAAGGACUUUAAGAACACUUUGGCAGCCGGAGCGACGAGUAAGAUGAAGGUCUUCUCGGAACAACUACCGGAGGCCAGGGAUGUGAAACAUUUGAGUAGUCUAUUUCAAGAGUGGGAAGGUAUUCGAAAGAUCGAAGCAAUCUUGAACAUGUCAAGAUAUAAAAAUAAGACGAAGCCGAAAGACUUCGGGGAUUUGGGCAAGGAGAUACAGGAUCGAAGUACCAAAAGACAGCGUAACAGAAAGUGGGACGUGCCGUCUGUCGAGUGGACGGAGAACGUCAUGCAAGUCUUUAGAGCGCAAAUAAAGGAGUUCGACCAUAUGCCUGAAGAAAGUAAAGAAGCGCUGCUGGCUACGAUUGAACGGAAUGCGCAUUUCUUCUACGAUGAAGGAUGCCCGUUCCCUUCGUUGAAAACAGUGUGCCACUUCGAUUAUAAUCCUAACAGGGUGACGCAUCGGAGUUUACCUCAGCCGUUGCAGUUGAGCGCGUACGGAAAGAAGUGCUUGGAUUUUUUGUUCCAGACUCAGCUCGACGACGGGUUGUUUGAAAAGUGGGAUGGGUCUGAUGAAAGUCGACCAAUUUUCUGCAGUCCUGCUUUUUUAGCGCCUCGCAAGAAUUCCGUGAUUGGAAGGAUUGUGGUGGAUUACAGGAAGUGUAACGAGGCGUUGACGCCGAUUGCGUUGCCGGCUCCUAACCAAGAAAAGAUUUUCCACAAUCUAAAAGGGAAGAAGUUUUAUUUUGGGUCGGAUUUGUCGCUGGCCUACAAUCUAGCGAAACUCGAUGUGCAAACAAAACGUCUCCUGGCGGUGGUGACCCAUUCUGGGGUGUACUUGCCUACGCGAUUGACGUUAGGACCAAGUCCCGCGCCUGGGUGGUUCCAAGCUCAAACUGAGGCGGCGUUUGGGCACGAGUGUGAAGUAUUUAUAGAUGACAUCGGCUAUGGAGAGAACUCAAUGGAAGAGUUCAUGUCGCGACUAGAGAGGGUAUUCCAAUGUUGUGAGAAAAGUGGGGCCCGACUCUCGCUGACUAAGACUUUUAUUGGUGCUCCGAAAAUUGAAGUGUUAGGGCAUAUCAUUGAUGAAGCCGGGAUGCACCCUAGUCCGGCAAAGUUAUUCCAAAUUCAGAAUUGGCCUCUCCCCACAAACAAAGAAGAUUUGACUUCGUUCGUUCAUGUGGUUCGGUAUCUGCAAUGUUACACAAGCGAGCUACAGAAUGUCGCAGCACCCUUGAAGGAAUACGAACUCAAGAAAAGGCCUUUUAAUGAGUUUGCCUCAGAUGAGCAGGCAGUAGCCGCUUUUCAGGCACUAAAGGACGUGGUCUCGAAGAAUGCGAUUCUGAUUAAGCCAGACUACGAAGCAGCAAAUACUUGGCAGCGGCCAUUCGAGGUGUUCACGGAUGCCUCGCAGCAUCGCUAUGCCUGGGCAAUUUGUCAGCGAACAGCUGAAGGUAAACUGCGAGUGUGGAAAUGUUCUACGCAUUCGUUUGACAAAACGCAGAAGCAGUGGUCGACUUUAGAGCGCGAAUUAUUUGCCAUCGUGGACUUUAUAAAGUCGGGCUAUGAGCUGAUUCGAGGCUCGAAGUGGAUCCUGUACACGGAUCAUCAGAAUUUGGGCACGAAAGUGCUCAACUCACUGUGUGCCAAUAGAACUACCGGAGGUAAGAUCUUACGAUGGUUUUAUCUCAUUGCUAGACCGCUUUCUACUGGGAAGCGAGUAUAUUUGAAGGGGGAAGCGAACGUCAUUGCGGACGCGCUUUCGAGGAUGAAGUCUGAGGAGGAUCCGGCUCUGAAGGAGAUUGAUAAUCUUUCUUUUAUGUUGCCGCGGAUUCGUUCUCUAGUGCAGUUUAUCUUCUGCCAGCCAGAUCAACUUGACCAGAUGAUGUCAGAAAGAAAGAAGUUACUGGAGGUGGAUCAUUUUGUGCCACCCGUUCACCCAAGUGAAGACUUUGAGGACCCGCAUGAUCACUUGCCGAGUGCUCUGGCAUCGGAUCAAGCGGUAGGCAGUGACGUGGGGGUGAAGUGCAUUGGAAUUAAGAUGAAGAAGGACGCGAGCAUGAAAGAAAGUGAGGUAGGGAAUGGAGAUCAGGAGUGGCAGAGUCCAUCCCAGUUAAUGUGUACGAUGUGCGAUGAAGGCGAAUGCAUGAUGUUGCAGGAUGGAGCCGGAUUCCACUUGUAUCAUGGGGAUGGCGUCCCCGAUCGACCAUGUAACGCGAGUUCGUCGUUACUAGAUGAGGAUUUAGACCUCCUGGACCUAGGAAGGAGUGGGGAGGGUUCGACGUCCUCGAAACAGAAGCGGGUUUGUGCGGUGGUGGUUUCCCCAAGUGGGAAGGUGUUAAUUGCAGAUGCGCAAGACAACGAAGUUUUUGAAGAUAUUUCUAUUCGGUUUCCCGGAGGGAGAUUGAAUGAGGGAGAAGGAGUUAACCAAGGGCUUCGGCGGUUGGUGCCGUUAUGCGUUAAAAACGCCGAGAAGCUAGAGUGUCAAUAUGCAACCUGCCCGAGCCUUUACGAUCUAGGAGUCUACUGGGUUUUGCUGCGGGUAAAUUCCACGGCGGACCACGGAUGGCUGGAAACGGCUUCCGUACUCAGUCCAAGGUCGGUAACCUGGGAAGUAUUUAUCGAAAAGUUAGGAGCAUCACGUCAAAAGCGACGGCUGAAGACGAUGCUCAAAGCAAUGAGAGAUCAGUUGCGACCCUCGGCAGUAACCGAGCGCUAUAGGGGGAUUUUCCUUCCCCGGCGAUUAUAUCGGAAGACUGACGAGAGAGGAGAUAACGUAGUGGUCUCCGGUGUGAUGGAUGGCCGUCUAACGGAUCGGGAGUGGAUUAAAAUUACUCCGAACAUGACGUUUAAGCAAGCUUAUGAUAAAGCUUGGGAUCGUUUGAAGGAAUUGAUGCAAGAAGCCGAAACAGCGGCAGCUAGACGAUUGGGUGAAAGAAUCGUGAAUGGGAGGUCCGUGGUUCAUCAAGAGUAUUUUCAUCUUUUUCGGAAGCCUGAGAGGGCGGACGUGGUGAAAAAGGUUGCAACGGAUCUCUUCACGAUCUCGGCCUCUUGGGAUACUAGAGCCUGUUUUUUGGAUUCUGCUCCUUGUACGAACUUCAAAGAGAUUCGGAAGUGUCGAAUAGGGAGGGUGUCCGCUUCAUUAUGUCGGUGCCUCUGUGGUGAAGGCGUGAUAGGAGGGGAAGCCCCUGAUGUGACUGAAUUCCUAACCGCGCCGGAAUGCGUGAAAAUUUCAAAGGAGGUUCGCGAGCAGUUUAUUAGGAAAUGCGAUGGAGUGGAAUCUUUCCGGAUUUUGUUUCCAUCGUUGCCAGUCAUUAGUGACGAGGCUACGAUGAUCCGCGAAACUGCGAAUAAUGAGGAUUUGUACAUAGAAGUGCAUGAAACAUCGGAUAAAGUGACCCGAGUGGCCAUGUGGAACCCAAAGAACGUGGCCUCGCUUCAGGCAGGCCCGGUGAGGGCUUUCGGAUCCCUGUGGGAUGAAGAAAGUUGUAAGCUGCGGGUGAAAAAACAUUGGGAGUUGAGGAUUUUCCAUUUCCCUUUUGCAGGGGAAGACUCCGUGGUGGCAGCGUUAGUUUCACUGCAAGGAGCAGGGCUCCGUAAGCGCUUGGUGGAGGAUCAGAAGGUUUGUAAGGAAUGGGGUCCUGUUUAUUUGGCAUGUGAACUGCGCGACAGGGAAAAGGACCGGGAACAGGUUGAGCUUGCGGUUGCACGCAAGUGGGACCUGGGAAAGGCCCGUAUGUCGACCGCUAGAAUGUAUGAGCAUUGGAUUGACGAAGAUACUAAGUUGUUGAUGACUCGUCAUCAUGAGACGGCUGUAGUAUGCUUGCCAGCGGGAGGAGCUUGGCUGUCUACCGUAGUAGGGAAGGAGGUGAGUUGGAAGAAGUAUUACCUUCUCCUGGCUCAUAAUUCCUUGCUGGGAACGGGGCAUGGAGGUGCUCGACAAACCUAUAAUCAUCUGCUGGAUAGAGGGGUGUUUUGGGCAACCAUGUGGAGGGAUGUGCAAGUGCAUUGUAAAAAUUGCAUUGCUUGCACGAUCGCCCACGCGGCCAAGGCAACGCAGGCCCCGCUGGGGUAUGAGAAGUAUCUAGGGUUUUUCAGAGUGCUGCACGUUGACCAUGUGGGUCCAUUCAAAUUGGAUAAAGGUUUUAAUUACUUAUUGUCGGUUCGUGACUCGGCGGCGUUGUUUUCCUGGUUCAUUCCGGUGAAAGCGAAGUCUUGCAAAGAGGCCGCAGAGGCUUUGGUUGCUAACGCAUUUUGUAUGGUCGGGUACCCGAUUGUGAUACGAUCCGAUCGAGGAUUCGGUGAGUCGGGGGAUGAAAGCCUGGGGAAAUACUUGCAGACAUAUGGGGUGCAUCAUGCGCCAACUAUGCCGUAUUCGCCGCAGGCGAAUUGGCUGGUUGAAGUGCUCCAUAAGCCGCUGCGGAAGAUUUUGAUCAAAUUUGCGGAGAACGCCAAAUGGGUAGAGUUGGUUCCUUACCUAAAUUGGAUUGCUCGGACAACACCGUUCGAGGUGUUAGGUGAUCGCUCGCCGUAUGAGCUAGUGUUUGGCUGUAAGCCGCGGCACGCUUUUGCGGAAACUCUGAGAACGGCGCUCGGAGGAACACCGGGUGUGGAUUCUUAUUUGGAAGCAGCGAAUAAGUUUCGGGAGGAAAUUUUGUCACAAUCAAACCUGACGGGUAAUGAAAGUUCAAAGCUUCGUCAAAUCGCACAAACAAAGCUGAGAGGGCAUUCACUGGAAGCACCUCUGAUUACUGGUGAUCUGGUGGUAGUAAGAAACAUGCACGCGCGAAAAGAUAGUUUUGACCCGAAGAAUUUUCCAGCGUUGUUUAAGGUGGAGUCGGUAGGACCGCGCCACGCGAUAUUGCUGGAUCUAUUGGGUGAAGCAGCAACGGGAGCGGCCAGUGGGAAGGUUCCACUGAAGUUGCUGACCCGUGCUGUACCCGCAUCAAGUGCUGAGGAUUUCUUGCGGAAUCUGGACCAUCUCCCUUCGACGGAUGAAAUGUUGGGAAGAACAAAGGAGGUGUUCACGCGGAAGGUGGAGGAACAGACUGAGUAGGAGGAACUCCUGAUGUGGUUGUAGAGCCAGUCCCUGAGGAAAUCUGGGAGGUUUGAUGAAAACUCAAAUAAUGCGUAAAGUGACAAAAUGAUCCUACUUCCUACUUUAGGAGACUGCUGCAGCCACUGGCGGGAGAAGGGGGGUGAUGAUGGUCCCACGAAGGCUCUGAGAUGAGACUCCGUCUGCAAGGAAUGUUCUGUGUUUUGAAGUAGGGUAUAAGUAGCAUAGAGAUAACCGGAUUGGUGUUGUGAAACAUCGCUCUUAUGUGGUGGAGUCCGAACGGAUUCGAUGAAUGAAGAGAGGUCGACUUCCAGCACUUUGCUGCUAGCCCGGUGCUGAGGCCUACCCUAGCACAGUGUUGGAGGGAUCUCUGGAUCCGUGGAAAGGAACUUCAAACCAGGAAGUGGAUUGAUCACCUGCUUUCCUGGGGCAAGCUCUGGCUAGUUUAAGGUUCGUCUGUCUUGAAGCAGCAGAGGAGGCGUCGACCUGGGGGCGUCUGUCUGUAUAAGUAACCGCUUCGGACUCUGUGAAAGAGACGAAUACUCGAGAGAUGUUUCUGCUUUGUGAAGGAAGCAAAGCGAGUAAAUGUUCAGACUCCUUGGCUUAGUUCAAGUAGGCCUGGAUAAGAAUUAAGUAGUAGCAAGGACUGCUGGGUAGUGAUACCUCCGAGGGAGGGAAGCGCCGUGAACAGUAGGAAAUGAACAACGUGAAACACUAGAUCAAUCGUUCUGUGGUUUAGACGAGCAAUCUAGGGGAAGCCAUUCAAGAAGGAAAGGUUCAUGGAAAGUUUGGCCAAAUGAGCUGCCUACGAUAGACUUGAUCAGGUCCUGAAUCUCGAGGGGAAGCCCUGGAGUAGUAAGGAUAGGAUGAUCUAGGCCAGGUGACUAAAAGGUUGCGAGACCUUGGUAAACCCUUUGGCGGUUGUAAGAUAUGAAAGAAGAAUAGAACUGUUGGUAUCUGCGAGGAUACCAGGCGGACUUCCUGGAGACGGGAAGGGGCUAGGAUUCACUCGGUAUUUGGGCACCUUCGCUGUAAUGGUGAUAGGAAGAUAAGUACCACCGGGCGGAGCUCUUAAAAGGAUGGCUCCGACGCCUCACUGCGUAGGGGGGGCAGUGUAGGACCUGGCCCGGGUGUAAACAGGGCGGCCCUUCGUGAAGAAGUACGCCAAAUAACUCCAAGGAACAAACGUUGAAUGACUCAAUACCCUAGACGGCUGCUGCCGAGAUCGACCCGGUAGGGCGGCUGUCAUUAUUAGGACUAGAGGACUUGGAGGAUCAACAAGAGAUUCCGACUGCAAGGCGGCGCUGUGAACAACGCUUAGGUGUUGCCUCAGCUACCAAGCUGUAGUGAGGGCCUCAUAGGGGGGCUGAUUGCGGAUCAGUCUCGUUCCCCAUUUUGUAAUUAGGAAAGACGCUUGAAGGUGAAAACCAGCAUUGUGCCUAAACCUAACCACCUUACUACUUGAGUGCGUGAAGUAUAUUAUUCGCCACUUCGUGCUUAGUUAUUAUCGUUGAACUUCGCUCACCUACGGAUGCUUGUUCUCCUGACGGUGUUGCUAUCUCGUGCUAUCUCUUCUUGUGUAUUACUUGCCUGUCUCUCUCUGUGAGCGUGGCACUACUAUUAUUUGCUCAUCUGCAUCUCUUUCGUUAUUCUUGCGCGUGCGUUGUUUAUCUGUAUUUAUUUCCGGCUGUUGACUACUGCCUCAGUCUUCGGCCUUUUCUGCAUCCUUAUGCAUCAGUCUUUGGCCAUCAUAGAUUUACUUUCCUUCUUGGUGGGAGCGUGGCUCGCAUUGGCACUAUAUCACUUUCUCGCGCUUUGCGCAUAUAUCACUUACUUACUCGCCAUGCUGAGGCGUUUGCAUCGUAUUAAAAAAGCUUGACUGCAAAACAAAAAAAGGCUCAUAGACCAGUCUUCCGCGUAUAAGGUGGCCGGUCUAUCGUGCCAUCUACUCUCACUUCAAGAAGUCGCCUCUCUGUGAUUUCUUGCCAGGUACCUCGUUUCCGCCCUCCGCUUCGGGAGCGGAGUUGUCGCGACCUUGGGCUUGUAUGACGCCCACAGCUAUAUAUUUCGCAAGUGUAUAAAAAAUUUUCAGGGCCCUGCCAGCCCCUCCUUUGUGCCUCCUCUCAAACCCGCGCUCGGUGUGCGUACCGCGCGAGACAAUCAAAAGCGAGAUGCAAAACGCAGCAGCAUGCGCGAAGCCAGUGAGUAACAGUACGCUGCUGCCGGCACCGUGUCAAGCGAAUUGAGGCAGGCGCAACCGUCUGGCCACCGAAGUGGCCUGAACGGUAGCAAGACAGAGAGGCGCAGCAGCCUACGACCGAGAGAAGGGCGCGUCGGUGGUGUUUCCAGUGGGGGCCAGCGGGCGACGCGCCGAAUUCUGCUCCGUCCCUGAACCGGUCAGGCAUCCAUAGCGAAAUCGCCAAAAAAAGGGAAGGGGUCCAUGGGGGUGUAUAUAGUUGAGAAAGUGACCUCCUGAAAAGGCAGAACCUAGAGCAAAACCGUGCCCAAAUGUGAGGUAUAUAUGUGGAAUUUUUUGCGCUCUUUUAGGGCAAAAAAGGGGAGCCGUCAGGACAACCCAAAAGGGCCAGCUUUGGCCCCACGGGUCCAGUCGGCUCCGCUUUGAUGGCGGUGGCCCGGUCGCAUGCUUCAGUGCCGAACUUGGCCGCCUGUGGAAGCGAGCCCAGCCUCGCCCCUGUGCUCUGCAGGCCUUCAUGGACAAAGCCCAGAGGAAGGGCCAGUCAGAGUCUUUCCUCUUCAGGCUAGUGACUCGCAACUCCCAGCCCAAAAAUUCUCCGGUUGGGGCUAGGCUCCUGGCGUCUAUCCAUGUGCAACCAGGUCGGAGCGGCUUGACGGCCGGCGCCUCUAAGCAAGAGGGGCAGCUGGCCCCUGAAAAUUUUUUAUAUAGUUGAGAAAUAUAUAGUUGCGAGCGUCAUAGCUUGGCUGGGUUAUCUAUAAUUCUAAACACGGCUUGGGUGAUCUACCGCUACCAUGGGACAGCGGCGCAUGAGCCACCGCUCUCUGCAGCGCGCCUUGUGCGCCUCGGUUUCUCUGCUCUCGCAGGUCCUCGUCCUUGCCCUUGGGCGUACACCUUGAUCGUGGCUCGUGCUUAUCUGUCAAGUCGGACCUCUCGUCCUUGAAGUUCUUGUGGAGUCUGAAUGUACUGGCCUCGGCCAGAUUUUUCAACAUCGGUCUAUCGUGCCGGUAAGAAUGGAAUGGCUCUGGCUUGUUACGAUAUCCACUGUGUCUCGAUCCCCUCAACAGGUCCCUCGGAGACCGACGCGAGACCGCGGGGCGUCUGCCUGGAUCCUGACUUGCGUUCGGUAGCGCAUCGCAUUACUUACCCUCAAUAAGUUGACUGUUCGCGCAGGUUCUGCCUUUAUGUGUUGCAAGGAUCCCGCCAGUCUUCGCUAUUGAUUACCUUGCUUGUGUCUACCUCUAUAAUAAGCGUAGUGUGCUUUGUGUCGCUGCGCCUUAGUUUCACUCAGUAGCGUUCACUCCUUCCCCCAGCAAAGACGCAUUACUUACCCUCAAUAAAUUGACUGCUCAUGCAGGUCUUGCCUUUACGUGUUACAAGGAUCCCGCCAGUCUUCACUAUUAAUUACCCUGCUUGUGUCUACCUCUAUAAUAAGCGUAGUGUGCGUGGUGUCGCUGCGCCUUAGUUUCCGACAGUGGUGCCCACUCCUUCUCUCAGCAAAGAUGCUCAGGGCAGUCUGCUGUGCCGGUAGUGUGGCGGAGAAUUUACCGGCGACGCCUAAAACUGAAGCCGCCGGCGCUUCAUCUGCGCGGUCCACUUUCAAGUCGAUCGUCUGUCAACCACCUGGGGCACACACCCCGGCACCCCCGUGGUCUCCCCCUGGGGCCUCCACGGCACGUCAUAUUCUCCCACGACCCUCUGCGCCCCGGAUGUCACAGCUCCUGGCUGAGUUGUCGCCCCGGUCGCCUCUUGAGGACGUGGUGAGGAUCUUCCUUCUUUACGAUGCUGACAACACCCUCGGACUUGGUCGCCUGCCAGUGGGUACCCCGCUACAAGAAAUUUCGCGUCUUAGAGCUGGCGGCGAGAAUAGCCUUCGCGCAGUCUGUCUCGGUAAGAAAGCGAUACUGGAUAACGCUGGGCGCAGCCUAGCCAACUACGCAACUGGCGCGCGCAUAUGGUUACGAUGGUGCCAUGCAGUCGGGCACGGUGUCCUCGUCUGCAACAUUUCUGAGGAAGCCCUUCUCCGCUUCUCCUCGGUAUUCCGAUCUGGCGCCUCCUUCGAGCAAUACGCGCAGCACCUCAAACUCGCUUGCCGAGUGGCGCAGGCACCCACUGCGUGGCACACUGAUGCCGUCUCUUCUGCUAAGUGUGGGCUGAAGAAAGCGCGAAACCCUGGCAGGCCUCCUCGCUCGGCUAUAUCUUUGUCGCUGAUGCACAAGCUACUUCGUCUCGCGGCCGCGGAUUGCGACGACACUCAUCGAGGGACUUUCCUGGUGGCGUGGCACUUCGUGUUACGUGUUAAGUCGGAGCUUCUUUCCCUGACCACCGCGCAGAUCUCCCAUGAUGCCUCUACUAGGCGGACGACGAUCCUUCUCCACCGUCGGAAGAACUGUAGCCGAGAAGUGCGCGCUACUCGCACGUGCACCUGCGGCGCGGCGAUCUGUGGAGCUUGUGCUCUCUUCCUCCUCCAGCAGAAAGCUGCUCGCUCCUCACGUGCCUCGCUAUUGCCGUCACGGUACUCCUAUCCCUUUGUACUCUCGCGGCUGAAGACCCUCUUGUGGAGAACUGGCGCCGAUGCGUCUACCUUUGGUGCGCAUAGCUUCAGGAAAGGCGCUGCGCAGGAGAUGGUCGCGUCCGGUAAGCCGUUGCGAGAUAUUCUACUCGCUGCCGGUUGGCGGAGUGGGGCCUUCAAGUCCUACAUCGACCUGGGCGCAGUAGAGACUGCAGCAGCCUCCUCGAUCGAGCUGAGCGACUCCGACUGCGAAUCGGAGUAGUCCUGCGGAUCCGUGUCUUGCUGUGGUUUUUUCCGUUUGCUUGCUUCCUUUCGGUGGGCUCUCGCGUCUUGUACGCUGGCGGAAGCGUCUUUUGGUGGGAGGUGCAUGCGACGCUUCCCUGCGCUGUGUCGUAUGCGCGGACACCUUCGCCACCCCCUCCAGCACUCUCAGACCGAGGGAGCAUCCGAUCUUCGUUAUGCAGAAGAUCUAGUUGGAUCAGCGAGCUCAAUCCAAAUAUUUAGCGAGCAGAUCUGAGUAGAGGUUCUGCCCAUGAAGAUCAGCGCGAGUUCCUGACAAUUCGACCGAAUCCAACUCAUCGAGUGCCGCUCCUAGUCCCGUCGCGACAAGCUCCUGCUCCCGCUCUAGAUCAACCUCCACACGGUUCUGAGCAUCGCAGUAAUAGGGGCCAUUUUGGCUCACAGUCAUCGUAACCGUUUGCAGGCGCCCUCGAGGCUACAGUAAGGCUUUUACUUUCCCUCCCUCCCUCCCUUCAUUCUGUCUAGCUGGGUUCGGUGCGUGCGACGCUUCCCUGCGCUGUGUCGUAUGCACGGACACCUUCGCCACCCCCUCCAGCACUCUCAGACCGAGGGAGCGCCUGAUCUGCAUGUCGGAGAAGAGCCGAGACCGAUGGGCGGGGCGUCGGUUGUCUUGCUUCCUCUCCUCUUAUUGAUGCCCGAGAGAAGCCGAGGCCGGACGAUGGGCAGGGCGGUGGCCGUCUUCCUCUUCUUCUAUUAAUGUCCGAGAGAAUUGGCCGGGGCUGCUGUCCUCCUCUCCUUCUAUUAACGUCCGAGAAGAGCCGAGACCGAUGGGCGGGGCGUCGGUUGUCUUGCUUCCUCUCCUCUUAUUGAUGCCUGAGAGAAGCCGAGGCCGGACGAUGGGCAGGGCGGUGGCCGUCUUCCUCUUCUUCUAUUAAUGUCCGAGAGAAUUGGCCGGGGCUGCUGUCCUCCUCUCCUUCUAUUAACGUCCGAGAAAAGUAGCCGAGGCCGCUGCCCUCUUCUUCUUCUAUUAAUGCCGGCGAAAAGCCGGAACCGAUGGACAGAACGGCGGGCGCCCUCCCCUUCUUCUAUUAAUGUCUGAGAAAAGUAGCCAGGGCUGCCGCCUUUCUCUCCUUCCAUUAAUGCCUGAGAAACGCAGCCGAGGCGGCUGCCCUCCUCUCUUUCUAUUAGUGUCCGAGAAAAGCCGAGACCGAUGGACAGGAGCAGCCGCUGGCGGCCUUUCCUCUUCUUCUACUAAUGUCUGAGAAAAGUCGAGACUGAUCCGCAGGCCUACGGACUUUUUGGGGGUUGAAAUAGAUUUGGACAGUCAAAACUUUCGCAAUUUUUGGACAGGUGAGCGCAGGGGGGCACUUGGGUGAAGUUCAAAACUUGCAACGGCACCGCGCAGUGCUUGGGCUCCGCUGUCUUUGAGUGAAAUUAGAAACCUGGCCGAGCGCGGUGCCUCCCUCUCCUUCUGAUCCAGCGCUGGGGCCUCUCUUUCUGGUCUGGAAGGUCUACAAAUUUUAGCCAAAGUGCGAAGCUUUUGGCUUUAAUCAAUUUGGGCGAAAUUACAAACCUAUCGCGCGCGCGGCUUCCUUUUUUUCGGCGUUUGUUCUUAAAUUUUGGCCAAAGUGCUAAACUUUUGACUUUCGGCCAUUUUGAGCGAAAUUAGAAACCUGGCCGAGCGCGGUGCUUCCAUCUCUUUUUGAUCCAGCGCUGGGAUCUGUCUAGACCGGCCGUCGGGGUCUAAACCAUCGGGGCUUAGACCAUCGGGACCCAAGCCUGACCUUCGGGGCUGAAAGAAACCAUCGGGGCCCAAACCGUCGGGGCCUAAACCAUCGGGACCCAAACCAUCGGAACCUAAACCGUCGGGACAUAGACCGCCGGGAUCUAAGCCGUGAGGAUCUAAACCAUCGGGGUCUAGCCCAUCCAUUGGGGCUUAGGCCUUUAGGGUCUAAACCGUCAGGAUCUAGGCCAUCGGGGUCCAAGCCAUCGGGGUCUAAUCCAUCGGGGUCGAAGCUGUCGGGAUCUAAACCAUCGGGAUCCAAACCAUCGGGACUUAAACCAUCGGGAUCGAAACCAUCGGGGCCUAAACCUUCGGGAUCUAAACCUUCGGGAUCUAAGCCGUCGGGCUCUAAACUGUCGGGCUCGGGACCUAAACCAUCGGGAUCUCAACCGCCGGGAUCUAAACCUUCCGGAUAUAUACCAUCGGGAUCUAAACCAUCCGGCUCCGUCGUGCGUGUGUGGCGGCGUGUUUUUUUUGGAGCGUUUUGGAAUUUGGUUGUUUAUUGUUCUUGUUGUUUUUGUAUUACUUAACAUCGUCGACAUCGACCACGACUGCAAUAUUUGCUUCUGCGUCCUCGGAGCAUGAUGGAGCUUGAUAAAUUUACCUUGAGGAUGAAGUGUGAUGUGAAUGUGAUCAAAUGUCAUUAUGUCGAUGGACUCUACCAAGAGGAAAGGUGGUCUUACGAUCAAGUUAAGAUAUUGCAAUCGCAAUGUGUGUGCUAUCUGAGAUUGUUUGGAGGUCUUGUAACGGAUGUUCGGAG